CUCCCGGCUAUAUCCCUGCAACUCUCUGGAUUCAGCUUCCUCCUCUGAAAAUGGGGAUGUGAGCCCUGGCUUCCGAGGAUCCAAAGAGGAAGCUGCGGCCGUGACUAUCCCAUUUCUGUCUGUCUUCCUCCUGCCUGGCUCACGUGGCUCCUGCCCUCCUACGUGGCUUGGGGUGGUCAUGGACACAGGCCAGAGAACUGGCCCAAGCAAUCCUGGUGACAAAGAAGGGGACCUUCAAGUGCUGUGGCAGGAACUCCACCAGCUCCAGGCUAGGCAGAAGAAGCUCAAGAGAGAGAUCGAGAAGCACAAGCUUUUUGAAGACUAUCUGAUUGAGGUCCUUGAGAAAAUCCCCGAGGGCUGCACGGGAUGGGAGGAGUCGGAGUUGGGGCUGGUGGAGGCCAUGGUGAAGCACUAUGGAAAGCUCAUCUCAGCCAGAGAGGACAUGCAGAUGCGCCUCGAUGCCUUCUCCCAGAUGAGCCAGGCCGUCCACCGGAGCCUGGAGUCGCUAGAGGAGGACCACAGGGCUCUUGUGCCGAGCCUCAAGAUCCGGCUGUGUCAGCUGCAGAAGAAGUGUCGCCGCAAGCAGGAGCAGUGGUGGCAGCUGCAGCAUGGCGUCACCUACCAGAAAGACACUGACUUUGACAUACACACACACGCCAGCAGCAGCUAUAACGAUCAGCUGCUCAGCUACAUGCAAAUAACCAUCAACAACAUGGCCCAGCAGUGCUGCCCCUCUGCUCACGGAGUGCCCAAGUGCAUGAGUCUCUUCUCCAAGCUCGAUCUGAUUAAGGUUCUUCAGUCCACGUUCACAGCCGUCCAAGGGUCCGUCGCAGUCCAUGAAGGCCUUUGGACGCAGAAGACAGCUACAGCUGUUGCGCACUGCGAACGUGGCAAUGGCCUCAUCAAGGUGAACGGGCGGCCCCUGGAGAUGAUCGAGCCGCGUACCCUCCAAUACAAGCUGCUGGAGCCAGUUCUGCUUCUUGGCAAGGAGCGAUUUGCUGGUGUGGAUAUCCGGCUCCGUGUGAAGGGUGGUGGUCAUGUAGCCCAGAUAUAUGCUAUCCGUCAGCCCAUCUCCAAAGCCCUGGUGGCCUCUUACAAGAAAUACGUGGAUGAGGCUUCCAAGAAGGAGAUCAAAGACAUCCUCAUCCAGUAUGACCAUACCCUGCUGGUAGCUGAUCCCUGGCGCUGUGAAUCCAAAAAGUUUGGAGGCCCUGGUGCCCGUGCUUGCUACCAGAAAUCCUACCAAUAAGCGCAUCCUGAUGAUCAAAGUUCACCUGUAUAAUAAAGUUCUUGAGGGAUUUUACUGUUCCAAGAAAAAAAAAAAGUCUUAUUU